CUUAAAAGCUCUUCAAGAGUUCAGCAUUUCCCCCAAAGUUCUUAUCUUUGGCCUCAUCGCCGCUGAGUGAUCGCGAGGUGGUAAUUCGAUGGCUCGUUUGGUUCUGACGUGCAAAAGUUCGAGUUUGGUGAAGCGAGGGGUUUUCGGGAUGUUCUCGUCCUUCCAUCUGGGUGCUACGUAUGCUUCUAUAAGUUGCCCGAAAAGUAUAAGUUUCAGGGGAAAUUUUAACACCAAAAAAGAGGAGGCUGCUCAUCGGAGAAGUGGUUUGUCAUUUUCAGCUCCAUCUAAGAUUAAUUUGAACAGUAGAAGGUUAAUUUGUUCCGUGGCCACUGAACCUCCACCAGCUCAAGUUGAAGAUUCAGAAAUGGAUACCCCUAAAGAGGUUUUUCUGAAGGACUACAAGAUGCCAGAUUAUUACUUUGAGAAGGUGGAUCUAAGCUUUACGCUUGGUGAGGACAAGACAAUAGUUGCAUCAAGCAUUACAGUAUCUCCUCGAAUAGAAGGUACUCCUUGCCCUUUGGUUCUUCAUGGGGUUGAUCUUAAGCUAUUAUCAAUUAAAGUUGAUGGGAAGGAACUUAAGAAAGAAGAUUAUCAUAUGACUUCACGUCAUCUGACAUUGUCGGCACCACCUACCACCACAUUUACUCUGGAAAUUGUUACAGAAAUACACCCUGAGAAUAAUACAUCCUUAGAGGGACUUUACAAGUCAAGUGGGAACUUCUGUACACAGUGUGAAGCAGAAGGUUUCCGGAAGAUCACCUUUUAUCAGGAUCGCCCUGAUGUCAUGGCAAGAUAUACUUGCCGCAUUGAAGCAGAUAAAACCCUCUAUCCGGUGCUGCUAUCAAAUGGAAAUCUAGUAGAACAAGGGGACCUAGAGGGUGGAAGGCACUAUGCUAUUUGGGAGGACCCUUACAAGAAACCCAGUUACUUGUUUGCAUUAGUUGCUGGACAACUAGAAAGCAGAGAUGAUUCCUUUAUCACAUGUUCUGGUAAGAAUGUUGUCUUGAGAAUCUGGACUCCAUCCCAAGAUGUACCAAAAACAGCCCAUGCAAUGUAUUCUCUCAAGGCUGCAAUGAAAUGGGAUGAGGAAGUCUUUGGUCUUGAAUAUGAUCUCAAUUUGUUCAAUAUUGUGGCUGUUCCAGAUUUUAAUAUGGGAGCCAUGGAAAACAAAAGUUUAAAUAUCUUCAAUUCUAAACUUGUCUUGGCAUCCCCAGAAACUGCAACAGAUGGUGACUAUGCAGCAAUAUUGGGAGUAAUUGGUCAUGAGUAUUUCCACAACUGGACAGGAAACAGGGUGACUUGUCGUGACUGGUUUCAGCUAAGUUUAAAAGAAGGACUUACAGUCUUCAGAGAUCAGGAGUUCUCAUCUGACAUGGGCAGUCGAACUGUAAAACGCAUAGCUGAUGUUUCAAGACUUCGGAAUUAUCAAUUUCCACAGGAUGCAAGUCCCAUGGCUCACCCUGUACGACCACAUUCAUAUAUCAAGAUGGACAACUUCUAUACUGUCACGGUCUAUGAGAAGGGUGCUGAAGUUGUUAGAAUGUACAAGACCCUGCUUGGAACUGAAGGAUUUCGAAAGGGCAUGGAUCUUUACUUCCAAAGACAUGAUGGACAAGCUGUAACUUGUGAAGAUUUCUUUGCUGCCAUGCGAGAUGCGAAUAAUGCUGAUUUCUCCAAUUUCUUACUAUGGUACUCUCAAGCAGGAAUACCUUAUGUUACAGUUACCUCAUCCUAUAACCCUGAUGCAUGCACAUACUCCUUGAAGUUCAGUCAAGAUGUGCCACCUACUGCAGGACAACCAGUGAAAGAACCUAUGUUUAUUCCUGUAGCUGUUGGAUUACUUGACUCCAGUGGAAAGGAUAUGCUGCUGACCUCUAUUUAUAAUGAGGGACUGCUGCAGAAAUUUGAUCAGCCAACAUCAACUAUUGUUCUUAAAGUCACCAAGAAGGAAGAAGAAUUUGUUUUCGCUGAUAUACCUGAGAAGCCAAUCCCUUCCCUGUUGCGUGGUUACAGUGCUCCUAUUCGUCUUGAUUCUGAUCUUACAGACAGUGAUCUAUUUUUCUUACUGGCACAUGAUUCAGAUGAGUUCAACCGAUGGGAAGCCGGCCAAGUAUUGGCAAGGAAACUGAUGCUUAACUUAGUGGCUGAUUUUCAGCAGAACAAAGAUUUGAUCCUAAACCAGAAGUUUGUCAAUGGGAUCAGAAGCAUAUUAUGUGACUCCAGCUUGGAUAAAGAAUUUAUUUCAAAAGCAAUUACAUUGCCCGGUGAAGGUGAAAUAAUGGACAUGAUGAAAGUUGCUGAUCCAGAUGCCGUUCAUGCUGUUCGCACUUUCAUUAAAAAGCAACUUGCACUUGAGCUAAAAGAAGAGCUUCUUGCAACUGUGAAGAACAACAGAAGUGAUGAGCCUUAUGUCUUCGAUCAUCAGAGUUUGGCCCAACGUGCUUUAAAAAACACAGCUCUUGUCUAUCUUGCAUCCCUCGAUGAACCUGAAACCACUGAAUUUGCAUUGUCUGAAUACAAAGCUGCUACAAACAUGACCGAGCAAUUCGCAGCUCUCGUGGCCUUAUCUCAAAAUCCCGGCCAAGUUCGUGAUGAGGCACUCUCUGAUUUCUACAACAAGUGGCAGCAUGACUAUUUGGUUGUGAGUAAAUGGUUUGCUCUUCAAUCUUCAUCGGAUAUUCCUGGAAACGUCGCAAAUGUUAGGAAACUAUUAGAGCAUCCUGCAUUCGAUUUGCGCAACCCAAACAAAGUAUACUCUCUGAUUGGUGGAUUUUGCGGAUCGCCUGUCAAUUUCCAUGCAAAAGACGGAUCAGGCUACAAAUUUCUCGGAGGUCUUGUGUUGCAACUGGAUAAAAUAAAUCCUCAGGUGGCAUCUCGCAUGGUGUCCGCUUUCUCGAGGUGGAGGCGCUACGACGAAACCCGUCAAUCUCUUGCUAAGGCACAAUUGGAGAAGAUAAUGUCUGCCAAUGGACUAUCUGAGAAUGUGUAUGAGAUUGCUUCCAAAAGUUUGGCUGCAUGAUUUCUGAAAAUGUCUGCAAGGGUUUCUGGCUUAUUGAAAUCUUUUUUAAUCUUAAGUCUUUUAUGUUUUAAUUGGCUUUUUAUAUAAUAGUUGUUAUUAUGUGAGACUAUUUUGCCAUAAAUGCUGGAUAAAGUUCAAUUAAA